CUGUACAGCCGGCUGAAAAUAAGCAGUAGAUGCAGUCGAUCGAAGAAGACGCCGCAAAUGCAGACGAUCGAAGAAGGCCGGCGAAGGAGGGGCGACGACAAAGGGAGGCGCGGGGAGGAGGCCAAAACGAUGGAGAAUGGCGUGACGAGGGAAGGCGAUGGUGGCGGCGGGUUUAUAGUAGAAACCCUAGAGUACCCGCUUCCCAUUGUCAACCCGGCCCGGCACAUCCUCCUCUUCUGCAAAUUGGAACGCGCGACAGAGGAGACAGGGGCAGCUUUGUUCUUCUUCCCCGGACCGGCAAUUGCGGCGGCGACUGCUUCAAGGAACAGGCACAGCGUCAACAGAAGGUUAGCGACCUGGCGGCAGUUACUCUUCAAACCAGCGGCGAACUUCUUGUCCAGCAGCGGGGUCACCGGCGACCCGAGCGGCAAUCAGUACCGGCGGCGACCUCCAUGGUCGGAAACACAACAACGGAAAUCCGACAGUAGCUUCGUCCCGCGUCGACAAGCCGGCGUGGCAGCAACCCUCGAAGAUAGCAGCGGCCAGAGAACCAAAUACAGAGCAGAACAGAACGAGGGAGAACAGAACAGAUCGAAGGAGAAGAGAAAUAGGCAGUAACGUUCCAAUCCCAAAUCCAAACUCAAUCACCCAAUUAAUUCAACAAUUCAACUCACAAAUCCAACAUCAAUUACACAAAAAUCUAUUAACGGAUCCUAAUCUACGAAUCAAUUCAAAUGAGAGAUAAAUCACUCACCUCGAUUAAGUUGGAAAAUAAAUCUCAAUUGAAAUA